AACUACUUGUUGAUAGUAUGAUUAUUGAUAACCAAAAUUUUUGAAAGAAAAAUGAUUUUGUAAUAAUAAAUAACUUGGUAACAAGAAGUUUUUUAUAAAUAUAGUUUUAUUCGAGAAUAAACAAGUUACGACAUUUAUUUUCAUAGUAUUAACACGCAUGCGUUGAACAAUUUGUUAAACUAAUAAAAGCCAUAACGAGCAAGAAACGUUAGAUAGUUAAAAGUAUUUUCGAAAAUUGAUUGUAAAAUUAAUUUAGUUGGUUAAUAUAAUUUUUAAGAAGAACUGAACUAUGGCUACAUUAAAGGAAGUUGGUGGUUAUAAACUAGGAAAUUUGAUUAUCGAAGGUAAAACUAAACAAGUAUACGAUGUUCCUACAAGCCCUGGUAACUGUAUUUUGGUUAGCAAAGACAGAAUCACCGCAGGUGAUGGGGUUAAAUCACAUCAAUUAGUUGGAAAAUCCGUAAUUUCCAAUAAAACCAACGCAAAGGUUUUCGAAAUUUUAAACAAAAUUGGUUUGAAAACAGCUUUUAUAAAAUCAGUAGCUGAUAAUGCCUUUCUGUCGAGGAAAUGUGAAAUGAUCCCAAUUGAAUGGGUAACUAGGCGUUUAGCUACUGGUUCCUUCUUGCGCCGUCAUCCAGGUGUAAAAGAAGGUUACCGUUUUACUCCAGUUAAACACGAAACCUUCUUCAAAGAUGACGCUAAUCACGAUCCACAAUGGUCUGAAGAACAAAUUAUUUCUGCAGAGUUUAAAGUUAACGGUGUUGUCAUAGGUAAACACGAGGUAGAUCUUAUGACAAAAACCUCAAUAUUAGUAUUCGAAAUUUUGGAAAAAGUGUGGCAGACAAGAGAUUGUGCUCUCAUCGAUAUGAAAAUAGAAUUUGGAGUGGAUGAACAAGGUGUACUAUUAGUGGCAGAUAUUAUAGAUUCUGAUUCCUGGCGGUUAUGGCCGUCUGGUGACAAGCGUCUCAUGGUAGACAAACAAGUGUACAGAAACCUAACUACGGUAACCGAUAAAGAUCUGGAUACCGUAAAAAGAAAUUUCGAAUGGAUAGCAGACCAAUUGGAUCACCUAAUACCGCCAAACAACCAUUUAGUGGUGAUAGUCAUGGGAAGUCCAGCGGAUAAAGACCACUGCGAUAAAAUAAAAAGAUAUUGCGAAGAAUUGGGACUGAACGUUGAAAUUCGAGUGGCUUCAGCACACAAAACCACCGAUUUCGCUUUGGAAAUCGUCAGUUUCUAUGAGGGUUUAUGUAUACCGAUUAUUUUCAUAGCGGUAGCUGGUAGAUCGAACGGUUUAGGUCCCGUUUUAUCGGGCAAUACUGAUUUUCCCGUUAUCAACUGCCCCCCAGGCUCGAGAGAUGAUUUAUCGAGGGAUAUUUGGUCUAGUUUGAAUGUUCCUUCGGGAUUGGGUUGCAGUACGGUGAUGUAUCCAGAAACGGCUGCAAUUUGCGCAGCCACGAAUAUUGCUUUGAGCAAUUACAUCGUUUGGAGUAGAUUGCGGUUAAAGAGAUUGGGAUAUUUUGAGAGCAUACCUAAAGCCGAUAAGAUAGUGAGGAAUUGAUGAUAAGAAACUUCGAAAUUUGUAUUUUUUCAUUAUUAUUUUAUUGUUAAUAAAGUAUUACUUUCCA